ACUCACAAUUAUUGAAAGCAUAAUGAGACAGUUUUGCUUCGGUUUGUUCCUGUAUCUGCUAGUAUGCACACUUCCAACGGGCACCGAGUCGAAGAAGAGCAACCGGUCAGCCCUCUUAGAUAAUCUGUUGGAUGAGUACGGCCCACCAUCUCUAAGACCUGUUCACAAUUACUCCACGAAAGUCACCAUACACUUCCGUCUCCUGAUUACCCAAGUCAUCGAGCUGAAUGAAAAAGAUCAAACAAUACAGAUUAGCGGAUGGCUUGGACAGGUAUGGGAGGAUGAGUUCCUGACUUGGAAUCCUGCUGAACAUAAUAAUGUGACAAGAUUGUUUGUUCACACUUCCAAAAUGUGGGUGCCAGAUACCACGCUGUAUACAAAUGUGGACAUAAACUUCGAGAGUUACAAGGAUAUCAACGCCAAAGUGAGCUACACUGGUUUGGUCGACUGGAAUACACCAGUUAUCCUCAAAUGCACUUGCAACAUCGACGCUCGACUGUAUCCGUUCGACGUCCAGGUUUGCGAGUUGAAGUUCAGCGCAUGGGCGUAUGACGGUGCCGAAAUAGAUAUCGUUCAAAUCGUAGGACCGGUUUCUACGCAGAACCAGUUCCGCGAUGACAGUGUGUGGGAACUCGUCAAGGUGGAUGUGGUUCGCAGAGAGGUGCUUUAUGCUUGCUGUACCAUCCCCUUUCCUGAUCUUGGGUACUUCAUUCAUCUCCGGAGACGGUCUCUUUUCCACGUCUUGAACAUCAUUAUACCAUGCCUGCUGCUGUCUGUCCUGAACCUGAUGGUGUUUGUUCUGCCCCCCGAGUCGGGUGAGAAGAUUCAGCUCGGGAUGACCAACUUGCUAGCUCUUGUGCUCUUCCAGCAGCUCAUCACUGACAACCUGCCACCAACGUCCGCAGACAAAUCUCCUAUAAUAACUUUCUACUUUACUCCAAUGAUUGUCCUUGCUUGCACUUCAAUCAUAUGCACCGUGCUAGUACUCAAGCUGUUCUACCACAACGACCGACGCCCAGUGCCACGCUGGCUUCAUCACACCACUUCCAAGCUUUCUCGUGCCGUUCUCUACAAUCUAGAAUCCCGCCGUUUUAAUAAACUGUCUUACGGUGUGGACCGUGGAGCAUCAGAGCAGCGGUUACCACGAGAGUCUGGUGAUGAGUCUGAAGGUAGUGACGAUGUCAUCGAGACAAGCAACGGCAAUAAAACACGCUGUCGUGCCUGUACGGCCCAGCACUCCCGUAAAGACGGGCCUUUGGGUAACGAUACAGCCGUAGACAUCAAAGUGAGCCUGCGAGGUCCCAAUGAUAAGAAGACACAUUAUGUGGGUACUGACCUAGAUUGGAAGGAUGUAGCUUUGGUUAUUGACCGGGUCGCACUUGCUUUGUCAGUCACUGUCACGAUAUCCUCACUUAUCAUUACUGUUGUUCUCUUCCUUUUGGGAUAACAAAAUAAAAACAAAAUCUCUAAAAGAAGACCCGGGUUCCAAAUCCCAGGGGCCUUGACCACAUUAUGGAUCAGGUUGACCAAGACAGUGGGUUAAAAUUGGAUUCAACUCAGAUCCCAUCCGUUGCCAUGGAUCAGGGUCAGGAUCCGGACGUUUUUUAGAGCGUAACAAACUAAGUUAUCUCGUGUACAAAAUGAGUAAACCUAAAUGCGAACAAGACACUGUCGCAAAACUCAAAUUGACCCGGUUUGCCGGUGGGGCUUGAUCAAUUUCUUUAAUCUGACCAAGAAGAGUGGUAGAUAUUGUGAUUUUGACUGAUGUUUUGCCGGUUUGACACAGUUUCGGGUCAGUUUGACAUAGGUUCCGGGUCAAAACAUUACCAAAGCAUGCUUUUAUGUUUCCUUCUAUGAUGGCAUUAUAGUUUACAUAUAUUUUGUCGUUGAUGAGGAACAGCGAAGUUGUAAACUAUUCUCUUAAAAAAAUGUAAGCAUUUUUAUCCUGGAAAAUAAUUUGCUGUGUGAUAAUGUAUCUUGUGAGCAUGGGCAAACUAUACUGAUAUUUUAUAACAUUUGGGUAUGUUUUGCACUAAGAAAGUGUAAAAUAACUUCAAGACGAUAUUUAUAUUGUUUUUAUUUAAUAAUAAAAAAUUACCGUAAUAUAUUUUACAAAGAUUAAUGUUCAAGUAUUUAUUUGUUGUAGUACCCGCUGUUAAAAUAAAGGAUUCAAACUGCCUCCAUCUACCGGGUAA